GACAGUUUCAUGUUCUUCCGGUUUGUCUUGUUGCAGUCCAUUUUUGGAAGAAACUGUCAUUUUCCCUAUAUUAAAAUACUCUAGUACUUAUUAAACCAUACUGCCAGCUUAAUAUGUCGUUGAAGAAGGAGACACCAUCAGAUCAGCAGCUCCACCUGGCAGCCUUGCAGGGAAACAUGGAACAAUUAAAGAAAGUGCUUGACUCUGGCAAGGUCCAUGUUGACUGCAAAGACAAGGAAGGAACCACACCUCUGAUCCUGGCAGCCGCAAACAACCACAUUGAGUGUGUCAAGGAACUGCUGAAGAAUGGGGCUGACGGGGGAGCCAGGAGGCUGACUGGGACGUGUGCCUUGUUCUUCGCUUCCCAGGGCGGGUUUCUGGACAUUGUACGCCUGCUAUUGGACAAUACCGUCCCUGUAGACAUACCUAGCUAUGAUGGGGGCACACCCCUGUUUGUGGCAUGUCAGUGUAACCACCUGGAGGUUGUGAAGGAGUUGCUGGAGCGUGGGGCGGACAUCCACAACCAGAUGGUGGAUGGUGCCACGCCCCUUUUUAUUACCGCACAGAAUGGACACAACCACCUCCUCUCUUUCUUAAUCAAGCAGGGUGCUGAGAUCGACGUCAAAAGAAAAGACAAUGCCACACCCCUGUGGAUCGCCUCACAGAUGGGACACCUGAACAUUGUGCGAGAACUACUCAACAAUGGUGCCAACGUUGACACUGUGAGAGAGGAUGGGGCAUCACCUCUGUUCAAAGCAAGCCACAAAGGACAUUUAGAGGUCGCAGAAGAACUGUUGAAACAUGGAGCAUCGACAGGACUCUUGAAGAAUGGGGAGACAGCUUUACAUGCAGCUGCCUUGUUUGGACACAUGAAAAUCACCAGGCUUCUCAUGUCGUAUGGAGCUGACAAAACUGUCAAAAAUAAGGAAGGGCAGACUGCUUCGGAGCUAGCUCGGGAGGCCGGCUAUGACUAUAUCGCCAAAUACAUAGAGAGCUACACACCAAUGACAAAUGGGAAAACAGAUGGGCAUUCCUGAGAAUGUGUAGAUGUGGCCAGGUUUAUGUCAGUUGUGUUCAUCACCUUAUGGACAAGUGUGCCCAGAGAGGCAGAACUUCGUGCCAAGAAUACCUUUUCAUAAUCAUGUGCAAAUGUGGCUACUCCAUGUGUAUGUUGUAAGUUAUGAAAAAAAUAUUUAUAAUAUGACGAGGAAACCAGAACAUGAAGUUACUUGAAAAACUGCUUUAUUUUAAUUAUGUGUUCAGUAAACAGCUAUUACAUUGUUUUUAUCUUUGUAUUUUCAUUUUCUAGGUCUUGAAAUUUAGAAUAUUUUUCAUAUUGCUAAUAACGUAACAAUCAAAACUGUAGUUUGGCCAUGAUUGUCGAUAACUUGAUUGCAAGUAUUAGCACAAGUGGCUUGAUUGCCAAUAUUGGCUUUAUUGUUAAUAUUGGUUAAGUGGCUUUAUCACUGAUACUGGCUUGAUUGUAUAUAUUAGCACAAGUGGCUUAAUCAUCAAUAUUGGCUUUAUUGUCAAUAUUGGCAUGAAUGGCUUGAUUGUCAAUAAUGGCACGAAUGGCUUAAUUGUCAAUGUUGGCAUGAAUGGCUUAAUUGUCAAUAUUGGCAUGAAUGGCUUAAUUGUCAAUAUUGGCAUGAAUGGCUUAAUUGUCAAUAAUGGCAUGAAUGGCUUAAUUGUCAAUGUUGGCAUGAAUGGCUUAAUUGUCAAUAUUGGCAUGAAUGGCUUAAUUGUCAAUAUUGGCAUGAAUGACUUAAUUGUCAAUAUUGGCAUGAAUGGCUUAAUUGUCAAUGUUGGCAUGAAUGGCUUAAUUGUCAAUAUUGGCAUGAUUGACUUGAUUGUCAAUGUUGGCAUGAAUGGCUGGAUUGUCAAUAUUAGCAUAAGUGGAUUAUAAGUGAUGCUUAUUUAUGUGUGUUCUCUCUUCCAACUGUAAUACUAUUGUAAAAAAAUUAAAAGAAAGCAUUAUGAGUAGGUAAAGCCUAGAAAAAAUAUAGGUACAGAAUUUUUAUCCUGAAAUAGGGAUAGAGUUUUUGAUCCUGAUUAACUUCAGAUUGCUGUAUAUUUGUAGUUUGCUUUUGCUAGGUAUGUGCAUUGAAAUAAAUAUGAAGUAACUUCAAAUGUGUAUAUUGCCUUGAAAAUAAUUUUCAAUUUUUAAACCCUACUUCGGGCUGGAAUCCAUUAUAUUUGCCAACCCAAUUUUCAGGAUUUGUAAUUUCGACCACCGCCAUAGAUGAUUCCAUAGUUAUAUUAACCUUUGAUGUUAAUGCAAUUCAUCUGAGUUAAAAUACUCAAUACUCAACAUUUCUCCACUUACAUUCUGUGAAAUAGUUAUUUCUCAGAAAGCUAUUUUGAAAUAAACCCUCCAAUAGAUUACAUGUGUCUAUGUGUACAUGUAUAUGUAGUGUACAUAUGAUAACUUUAGGCUCAUGUUUUUAUUUUCUGUCUUGAAUGUUGAAUAAUAAUAUGAAAAGUUAAGAAACAUACAUUUUUCUCGAUUGUAGAACUUGAAUGACAUACUUAGUUAUUUGAAUGUUACUGAUAACUUAAUGUUUUGUUUCUUUUAUCUUGGUUGGUUCUUGUAUGUUCCUGUUAAUGCAUAUAUGAAUGACCUUACAAUAGAUGGUUUACAUCGUUAUUGCUGUGAUACUUGUAAAACCUUGUUGUUGUAGCUUUAAAGUAUGAUGCUGUUUAUCUACAUUUCUGUUUUGCUUGUCCUCAGAUGUUAGCUUGUGUUUCAUACACAUUGUAUUUUUAAUUGUUUACAAAAAUGCAUAUAUGUAUUAUAUUUGUAGAUGUAGAUCUAAUGAAGACAGGACUAACAAAAAUAACUAAUAAGUUAAACAAAUAUGAUAAGCAUUUAUGAUUUAUGAUGGUGCUGGGUAUUCUGUACAUCUUUGUUAAUAAAGUAUAAUGUUGUUUGGGUGUACGAAGCUAUAGAGGUAUUGUCAUUGCUUUGGCGUUGGGAGUGAUGUUGGCUGCCGAGGCAGAUUUGGAAUUAUUGUACAAACACUUGAACCUUGGGCAUUACUCAAAAGAGAUUCAAAAUAUUUACAUGUGUCAUGCUUUUAUACAGUUCAUGAGAUAUGUCCAUUGGUUCACCAAGAAAAACAGGCGAGCAUUUUUCAUCCUUUUGCAAUUCUAUGGUAUUUUUUUGAAUGACUGUCACUGAAGUAUUGUGCCAUACAGUAGCCCUUCAUUUUCUGCUGCUUCAGUCUACGCACAUAUCACCCAAGCUGUACAUGUUGUUUCUGACUUGUCAUUCUUGAUGACUUAGUGUUGUAGCAAUAUUGAUUGACGAUGUUGUAAGUGUGUCUUGAAGUUUAUUCAAUGCAUUUACCAGAAUUGUAUGGAAUGUUGUUAUCACAAAGAAUAUUUUUAGAGGUUUAAUUUCUUUAACAGUCAGAAUAGGGAAAACAAAAGUUUAAUAUUAGACUUAAGAUAUUGACCAGUUGCCAUUUACUAAAUAUUCUUAUAAACAGUUUUGAUAUUUUGAGUUUUGAAUCAUUCAUGAAGAUAAUUAGGAACUUAAACAUAACCAGUAAUUGUACUCUGUGAAUGAUGACAUAAAACAGAAAAAUGCAUUGAUUAUAAAACUGUCUUCCAUAGAAGGAAUAUAUUGGGGUCCCUUCAUAGUUGAUGCUGUGUGAGCAUCUUAUAGCGGCAGUGCUAUCUACCGGAAUUUUCAAAGGAACGCAGACACCAAAAUGUCCAGAAUGUUAUGAUUUGCUUAUCUUGGUUAUUUGUUUGCUUUUUGAUACAUGUUGAUCAGCCAUGCUUUAAUGUGUGUUUAGUUUGUAGCGUCAACAUGGUAAACACUUUAUGAUUUUGUGCUUAUUGUGAUUUGUUCUUGCCUAUUAUUUGAAGGUCAGUAUCACUGUGUUCUGUAAAUACUCCAAACAGAGACUACUGUAGGCAAUAUCGCAUCUGUCAUUGUGUUAUUAACUAAAACUGUCAAACUCCACACAGAGGUUACGUCCCUUUGCUGUACAGUAAACACUGCCACAACUCGUUUCAUGUGAUGGUGAUCAAAUCACAUGAUGCCAUUCAAAAAGUUAAUAUUUUAUUUCACUUCAUUUUUUUUGUAAAGAUAAAAACAUCGUUAUUUAAUGGAACUUGAAAACAAUAUUGCAUAAAUAUGUGUGUAGAAUUAUUUUUUCUCAAAAAAAACUUAUAAAACUGGAUUGCUGAAAUCCAACAAUUUAUAUAUGUGGUUGCAGAGUUGAUCUCUGCUUGUCAAGGGUGAUAACUGAGUAGGAGAUUGAAAAAUAUGAUACAUUUUUAAGAUGCAUCUCAUAAUCAAGGUCAAGCUUUUACAGUGAAACUUGUCUAUAUUAUUGUUUAAAAAAAAAAUAAGAUUAAAUAUUUAUUCCUGUUUUGACUAUGAGGUAUUCUUUCAAGAAAGAAAAUAUUCAUAUUGAGGAUAAUUGUUUCAGUGCAAGAUAAUAAUAUAUUUCAUCCAUUGAGCACCAAAAGCUAUAUUUACUUUUGGUGUCAUGAGGUGAUAUAUAUUGCAAUCUUACAUUAAAACAAACAAUUUUCUAUUUAUUUCAUGCUUUUAAUUAAUUUAAAUCACUUUUAUAAUAUCCAAUUUGAAAAACUCAACCAAUUUUAAUGAUGUCAUUGGUUUUUCUCCCCAGCACUGUGCAUUCACGUUUGAAAAAUGGGCGAAAAUAAAACAAAGCAGUGAAAUUUUAUUUUGGUGAACCAAUAACUCAAAUGAUGAGUUUACCGGGUAUGAACCAUCGAAAGGCAUGAAAUAAAUUCUUAAAUAUUGACUUUGUUAAUAGUUUGGGUUUACUAUAUAAAAAUAUUUCAAAGAAGCUUGUUUCUAGUAGAUUUUCUGAUUCCUUCAGGGGAAUCUCAAUUAUCUCAAUUAUUGUUACCUAGAUAUAUUCUCUGGUGUUUACCUCAAUAUUAUCGGAAAUCUGAAGUAUAAGUUGAUAUUAUGUAGAAUUAGUUGUGAUUAUAAUAUUGCAUAUUUAUUAUUUAUAGUAGCUUAGAAAUCACCUGUUAACAGUUAUUGUUUUUAUAAACACCAGGUUAUUGACAUGUAAUCAGAUUUUGUUUCUGCCAGUACAUAGUAGAUAAUGCCAGUUUGUUUGGUUGUUGAUUUUCUUUUUGACUUUGGCUUAUGAAGUUGUGUGUGCCUACCCUGUCUGCUAGGAAUGUUAGUAGCGCAAUUAUAUACUUCUCACAGUUUGCCCUGGUCCAUCUAAAGCUACCACUUUCAUGUCUUGAUUUAAUUUUGGAGCUUUUGAUUUUUGGCAAAUGGUAGACUAUUAAUACUCAUAUUACAAAGUCAUUUCCGUUACACCUGUCUAUGUUUAAAGAAAUUUUAUUCCUCAUAUAAGAUUUUUCUGAAACUUUUAAGUUGUUCAUUUUACAGUAAGUAUUCUAUGUGCCAGGUCAAUGUAUAGGUACGUUAUUCUUUUACAUUUUGUUUUGUCCAAUACUUUUUUUAAGUAAGCAUAAUUCGUGUAGCAAUUAUUAUUAAAACGCUUUACAGAUAUAUCAUAUCUCAAUGAAAGUACAGGAGGUUCUUAGUAAAUUAAGGUAGUGUACUUUUUAAAGGCAUGAAUCAGUCUCCAAAAAUUCUUGGUUUAUAUGCUAGAGUUUUCAAAUUAUUGAUGAGUAAUUAUGUGUCUGAAAUUAGUUGCUUUUAAACUGAAGGUAUUAUUUCCAAUACAAAAACUAUGCUCAAAACAACAUCUGCCUGCCUUUCUUCCAAAGCCCUAUUUCAAACUAAAAUAUUUGCUUUCCAAAACUAAAUGUUUGCUAUAAGAAGAAACAACAACAACAGAAAGCACCGUUUUAUACAUGUACGUUGAAAUGACAGUGGUUUUCUCAAUUUAGUUGUAUUUGUCUAUAUGCAACUUUGCUGUUUGAUUCUUUAAGUGUCAAAUAAUUGUGAUAUGCAUACUUUCAUUACAGAUUUUGCAAUGAAUAAAAUCAAACUUAUA